UUUCCUAAUCCUAAAAAAGGGAAGCAGCCACUCUCCCCCUCUCAUUAGCCUCCACUAUGAAAUCUACCUUCCUCCUCCUGCUUUUCGUUGCCGUGCUUCUUGCAGGCACAUCAGCCCAGGCGGCGGCCGAACGGAGCGAUGAGGAGGUCGGCUUACUUUACGAUGCCUGGCUGAUGAAGCACAAGAAAUCUUUCAACGCCUUGGAGGAGAAGGAAUCACGCUUCCAAGUGUUCAAGGACAACCUGCUCUACAUCGACCAGCACAACGCUGCAGCCGACGCCGGCGAGCAUACUUUCUGGCUCGGUCUAAACCGUUUUGCCGAUCUCACUAACGCGGAGUACCGCGCCAAAUUUCUCGGAUACCGAACUUCCGGCCACCGCCGCCACCGAAGCCUAUCCGCCACCAGAAACGAUCCGUACAAGGCCGAAUCCGGCGAGGAUGUACCGGAUUCCAUUGAUUGGAGGGAGAAAGGGGCCGUUGUAGGCGUCAAGGACCAGGGCAGCUGUGGAAGUUGCUGGGCUUUUUCUGCGGUGGCUGCGGUGGAAGGGAUCAAUCAGAUCGUGACUGGAAACCUGAUCUCGCUCUCAGAGCAGGAGCUGAUUGAGUGCGAUACAUCGGUCAACGAGGGAUGCAACGGCGGGCUCAUGGAUUAUGCCUUCGAAUUCAUCAUCAAAAACGGUGGGAUCGACACCGAGGAUGAUUACCCUUACAAGGGCAGGGACGGCAGAUGCGAUUCUUACAGGAAAAAUGCACGUGCUGUUACCAUAGAUGACUUCAAAGAUGUACCAGUGAAUAACGAGAAUGCCCUGAAGAUAACAGUUUCUAAACAGCCAGUUAGCGUAGCCAUUGAAGGCAGCGGAAGAGCUUUCCAGUUCUAUGAUUCGGGGAUUUUUUCUGGAUCAUGUGGAGAGGAUCUUGACCAUGGUGUCACCGCAGUGGGCUAUGGCUCCGAGAAUGGCAAGGAUUACUGGAUUGUCAGGAACUCUUGGGGCCCAGAGUGGGGAGAAAAAGGAUACAUCAGAUUGGCUCGUAAUAUUGGCUUGGCCUCUGGAAAAUGUGGCAUCGCCAUGGAAGCAUCCUAUCCCAUUAAGACCAGCCCGAACCCACCAAAUCCGGGACCAUCUCCUCCAUCACCAGUUAAGCCUCCAUCUGUUUGCGACAAUUACUACACUUGCCCAUCAAGCUCCACCUGCUGCUGUGUGUAUGAGUUCAAUGGCUUCUGCUUUGCCUGGGGUUGCUGUCCUUUGGAGGGUGCCACCUGCUGUGAUGAUCACUACAGCUGUUGUCCUAAUGACUACCCGAUCUGUAACGUUCAGGCUGGUACUUGUCUCAUGAGUAAGAAUAACCCGCUGGGAGUAAAGGCGCUCGCACGCACUCCUGCUAGGCCUCAAUGGGCAAUCACUGAUACAGAUGGCGUGAGAAGCAGCGCUUGACAACAGUGUCGAAGUUAUUUGAAGUUCAAAAAAGAAGGAAGAGGGGAUCGAUGGUUUUACUUUAUAAGCCACUUCUUCAACCCCUCUUGUAGAAUUUACUUAUUUAAACAAAACUGUUACGUUCCUUAAAAAUUGAAAGUGUGGUUGUAAAUAAGUCUUUUCAAGUUUCAGCAUAUGGGCAAAACCAAAACAUUUGUCGAUGAUAAAAUUUUAUCACAGGUCUGGUAUUCCCUCUA